AUGGCGUCCAAUCAUUACCUGAGUGUUGAUGUGGGUACGGGAAGCGUUAGAGCUGCUCUAUGGGGUCAAGAUGGUGAGUGUCUCUCCCGUUCAGUGUGUCCUAUCAGGACGUGGACCAACGAGGGCAUGCCAGAAGGAUCCUACGAGUCAUUAUGUACAUUGACAUGUAAAUGGACCUACAUAGCUCACGACGUGGAAGACACCACUGUACCUAGUAAUGAUGAAGCCACUAAUGGUGAUACUACUAAUGUCAGGCUCGCUAAAGGAUGGAAUGACUCCUUUUGGUGUUCAAUAGGUCUGGAGUGCUUAGUGAAUGAAGAAUACAAGAGGAUUGGUACUAAAGUUCAGGUACCAGGAAGGUCAGUUGGUUUAGGGUUAAGUGAGAGAGCAGCUGUUGAGUUAGGACUAACACCAGGCACACCAGUAGCUACUGGAAUCAUUGAUGCCCAUGCAGGAGGAUUAGGUAUGCUUGGUGCCGAUACGUCUCAGGUUGGGUCGCUAGGGGAUGUUCCUCUUACCUCUCGUCUUGCUCUUAUAGGAGGGACCUCAUCCUGUCACAUGAUGUCCUCAGAUACUCCAUUACUGGUCCCUGGUGUUUGGGGUCCAUAUUACUCUGCAAUGAUACCAGGACUGUACCUCAAUGAAGGAGGCCAGAGUGCCUCUGGAGCACUAAUCGAUUAUGUCCUUCACUCGUAUCCUGGAGCUUACCGAGAACUGGAGGAUCAGCUGAACCACACGAAAGGAAUCACUUCAGUACACCAACUGAUAGAAUCAAGGCUAACCUCCCUCUCUCAUCAGAAAGGACUACCCUCCCUCUCCCACUUAACUGCUCAUUAUCAUGUCCUCCCUGACCAUCAUGGGAACCGGUCCCCUCUUGCUGAUCCUACACUUAGAGGAAUGGUAUCAGGGUUAUCAUUGGGGCAGUCGGUUGAUGACUUAUCAAUUGCUUAUUUAGCAACUAUGCAAGCUCUGGCAUACAACACAAAACACAUUAUAGAAGCAGCUGAAACUUCUUCCGAAGAAACCCAAAAAGAAGGAAAGGGAAAAGGCAGGGAAGGAACAGUGAAAGUUUUAUUUAUAUGUGGUGGACUUUCCAGUAAUCCCAUCUUCCUUCAUACACAGUCUGAUAUCACAGGCUUGCCUGUUGUGGUGCUCAGUGAUAACAGAGAUGCUGUCCUACUGGGAUCAGCCAUAUUGGCAGCAACUGCUUCAACAGGAGAGGAUGUUUCAUUAAUUAUGGCAAGGAUGUCCUCCAUAGAUCAAGACAAAGUUAUAUAUCCAGACAAAACGCCCUCACUGGUGAGAUUUCACCAAUCGAAAUACAAAGUGUUUAAAUUCUUAUACGAAGACCAGUACAAGUACAGGAGGAUAAUGAACGAAGGAGGGGUGAUGUGAGAGCGAGAGAGGGGGUCAAUUUUGUACUUUGUAGUUUGUAUAAUGGAAUUACAUGUAUACUUUAACGCGUAAUUUUA